AUGACCCUCUCGUGUAACGCCCUGGGGACAUUGCCUGGGGAAGAGGAAAGCAACUCAACAGCUGCUGCUGCAGCAUCUCUUUUUUCUCUCACUAUUUUUUCUCGCUUACUCUCUUCCCACUCUCUUUCUCUUUUCCCCUUUUCUCUGUUUCUCUCUCUUUUUCCUACGCUGUCUAUUUCUCCCACUCUCCCAUCUUUCUUCGCCCCAUCAUAUUCAGUCGCAUUCUCGCAUAUUAAUAUUUUUACUGCAAAUUUAUGGUUCAUUAAUAUUUCUUUCUCUUUCUCUUUCUCUUUCUCUCUCUCUCUCCCUCUCUCUCUCUUUAUUCAUCCAUCUAUCUAUCUAUCUAUCUAUCUAUCUAUCUAUCUAUCUAUCUAUCUCUCUUUCACACACACACACACACACACACGCAUAUUCUUUAUCUCGUCUCCUCUCUUCGCUCUUGGCUUACGGCCACAUCACCUCUCCUUUAUUUAUUCCAUUAGUUCGUUUCUUUUUCCUCUCUCUCUCUCUUUCUCUUUCUCUCUCUCUCUAUCUCUCUCUCUCUCAUGUGCAAUCUUUUAUAUACAUAUUUGUUGUCUCUCUCAUACUUCAUUGUUGCUAUUUUCUUUUUUAUUUAUUCCUCUCCCUCCAUUUUUCUCUCUUCUGAAUGUUCGUCAUCUCUCUUUUCUAUUUUCUUUUUGUCACUUUUUCUCUCUCUUUCUACGCUCUGUUUCGUUUCACACUUUCUUUCUCUUCCUUCUCCCCACACCACUCAUUCUAGAAUCUUUUCUCUUUUUACUCGCUUUUUCUUUUUCUUUUCAUCUCAGUUUCUCUCUUCCUCUUUUUCUUUUUCUCCAUCCAGUUCCCCUCUCUGCCUUUCUUUCUGUGCCUCUCUCUCACUCUCUCAAACAUCAUUCUUCCUCUGACACUUUUUCUAGCUCUCCUUCCUUUUAUAUCUGUACAAUUCUCUCUCUUUCUCGUUCUUCUCUCUUUCAAAUACAUACACAAACUCUCUUUCUUUCUUUCUCUCUCUCUCUCUCUCUCUCUAUCUAUCUCUCUAUCUAUCUAUCUGUCUAUCCCUUCCUUAUGCUUUUUCACUCCCAAAAACGUCACCUGUCAAAUACGUGA